AUGGGUCUGAGAGAAGAAGAAGCCAUAGGAAUUGUGGGUUUGAAUCAAGAGUUCAGGGAAGAAUCAAGAUGGGUUCAUAGUCAUUGUCAAGGAAUUGAAGGAGUUGUCGAUGCUGUGAAGAUGAAAUGGAGCGGCAUUCUUCCAUAUGACAAUGUAAAUAAGCACGAUUCAUCCUUUCACGGUUCUACAAACACAACUUCUGCGCAUCCUUCAAUUGAUGGUACACUUCCAACCGGUGGACACUUUCAGACUGUGGUUACUCAAGCAAACUCAAAUGUCGGGAAAGAAGGCUUUGAGCCAAUGGUAGAGGGUGCAGAUAGUUUGCUGGCACAAGACAGUUUCGGAAGGUGGAUGAACUACGUGAUGACCGAAUCCCCAGGUUCAUUAGACAAUCCAUCGGGUGGAUCCUCGAUUUCAAAUGGUUAUGGAUCGAAUAUAAAUGGGGAAGUGGAUCAUCAUCACUCCUCUAUGCAUAAACAAGUUUUCACCAUUACUGAAAUUUCACCUACAUGGGCUUUUUCAUCUGAAGAAACAAAGGUCAUAGUGAUCGGAUAUUUUAAUGGAGGACCAUCACAUCUUGCCGAUUCGGAUUUACUUAUGAUAUUAGGUGACGAAUGUGUUCCAGCUGAAAUGAUUCAACACGGGGUAUAUCGGUGCAAGGCUUUACCAUAUUCUCCUGGGUUGGUAAACCUACAUUUGAGCAUGGAUGGUCAAACUCUUAUUAGCCAAGUUAUGAGUUUUGAGUAUCGCUCUCCUUCAGUGGUAAAUGAGGUGGCUUCACCUAACGAUGAACCUAGCAGGGAUGAAUUCCAGAUUCAGAUUAGGCUUGCACAUCUGCUCUUCUCAUCAAGCAACAGCCUGAGCAUCCUAUCAAACAAGGCAUCUCCAACUGUGUUAAAGGAAGCAAAAAAGUUUGCACACUCAACCUCAUCCAUUAUCAAAGAUUGGGACUAUUUGAUUAAGUCAGCUAUGAACAAUGAUAUCUCAUUUCAACAACCUAUAGGCUAUAGCUAUAGAUGA